AAAUCUACAUUAAUGUAGGAUAGUUUAUUAUUAAAAAAAAUGUUAAAAAUUGAUAAGUUUUAGUGAUUUAGCAUGUAGUUAUGUGCUAUAAAUCACAAAGGCGUGACAGAUUCUAUAAGAACAAAUGAGUGUGAUGAGAAGAUAUUAUAUGAAAGGAGGAUAAACGCAUUGGGAUUAUUGAAAAAGUUUUUAAUUAGUCAAAUGAUAAAAUUAAAACGAAACAAAAAGGCUAUAGAAUAAUAACUGAUCAUUUUUGACUAUCUACGCUUCAUUCAACUAUGUUUGUUAUAUUAUUUCGUCGCUAUAAAUUGUUAUUUCUACUUGGAAUUGUAAUAUUAUUAAUUCAAGUGUUUCUCGCAUAUAAAUCAAUUAAAAUUCCAAUUGAAUCAGGCAAUAAGUUAUUUGUAGAUAAAAUUAAUAGUCUUAAAGAUCAGUUCCAAAGUUUUCACGAAACAAAGCAAAAAUCAUUAAAUUAUGAUGAGGAUAUCAUUAAUUCAAAUGUACAGCAUCAAGAAACCAGCGCAUUUAGGAACGAUAAAGAGAAAACAUUAGCAACAUUACUCAGCGAAUUGAAAUUUAAACCAAAAUGUGAUAUUUUAAAAGAUAAAGAUGUUCUAUCGGCAAUCCAACGAGCUAAAACACAAGAGUGUAAAGAGCACAUUAUAGAUGUGGCAUGUGCAAUCAAAUCGAAUACUUUAUAUCCUAAUACACUUCCAAAUUCUUGUCCCAGUGGUAAUUACAUUGCGAAUCGUUCAAUUGGGUGUUUUAAGGAUAACAAAAAGAAUCGUCUUUUAUCCAAACUCUAUUCCAAUUUCAAAGAAUCCAAUUCGCCCAAAAAGUGUAUAAAUUUUUGCCUUUUGUCAGGGUAUCUUUAUAGCGGACUACAAUAUUCAACGGAAUGUUUUUGUGGAAAUACUGAACCAGAUAUUAAGCAUAAACUUCCUGAUUCAAGUUGCAACAUGAAAUGUUCGGCUGAUCAAAAAGCUAUUUGUGGCGGUUAUUUUACUAUGAAUGUUUUUGAAACUGGAAUCGCAAAGUUUUCACCACAAAUUGCUGAAUCUCAACCGAAAAUUGCUGAAACAAAAGCAAAAAUUGUGUUUUUAUUAACAUUAAAUGGAAGAGCUUUGAGACAAGUUUAUCGUUUAAUUAAAUCAAUUUAUAGUGUUGAUCAUUUCUAUUAUAUUCAUGUCGAUACGCGACAAGAUUAUCUUUAUCGAGAGUUAUUACCAUUAGAGACAGCAUUUCAAAAUAUUCGUCUGGCAAGGAAACGACUAGCCACAAUUUGGGGAGGUGCCUCAUUAUUAGAAAUGCUCUUAAGUUGUAUGGCUGAUUUAUUGAAAUCUGAUUGGGAAUGGGAUUUUGUAUUAAAUCUAAGUGAAAGCGAUUUUCCAAUUAAAAGCAUUGAUAAAUUGACGCAAUUCUUAACAGCAAAUAAGAAUAAGAAUUUUGUAAAAUCACAUGGGAGAGAAGUUCAACGAUUCAUACAAAAGCAAGGCUUAGACAAAACAUUUGUAGAAUGCGAUACUCAUAUGUGGAGAAUAGGCGAUAGAUUGUUACCGCUUGGAAUUCAAAUUGAUGGUGGUAGUGAUUGGAUAUGCUUAUCGAGGAACUUUAUAGAAUAUGUAACUGCAGAAGAAAAAGACAAGCUUAUUGAAGGCUUACUUAAAAUUUUUCGAUUUACUUUACUUCCUGCAGAGUCAUUUUUCCACACAGCUAUUCGCAAUUCAAUUUUUUGUGACUCGUACAUUGACAAUAAUCUUCAUAUAACAAAUUGGAAGCGCAAAUUAGGAUGUAAAUGUCAAUAUAGACAUAUAUGCGAUUGGUGUGGAUGCUCUCCAAAUGACUUCAAACCUGAAGACUGGAUUCGAUUACAAGCAACCGAAACAAAGCAAUUGUUCUUUGGGCGAAAAUUCGAACCAGUUGUUAAUCAACUUGUGAUAUUACAAUUAGAGGAAUGGCUUUUUGGACCAUAUACUGAUGGCUACUUAAAUUUAAAUAGCUAUUGGCAAAGUCUUUAUCAUCAUAAAGAUAAAAGUUCCUCGUCGAAUCAAGCACUUUUAGUUCUUGGAAGUAGUUUAAUACGUAUCAAUUCAAAAUCUAAUUCAUUUCAACAAUUUUAUGAGCCUGGAAAAGUACUUGAGAUUAUUGACUAUUUUGACUUAGAUGUCUACAAAGGAUUUCUUAUAAGGCAUGAAGCGAGAUUUAAUGAAAAUAUUACUUUAGAAGUUGAAACAUGGUGCCGUACAAAUAAUCAACACGCGCAGGUUUCAAAAUCAAACAAAAUAGCAAAAAAGAUUAUGCAAUUAGAUGUUAGCACCGAUUUUGAUCAAAAGGAACAAAUGUCAAGAAAUUUUCCGAGAAUUAUCUCUCAAUAUUCAGAGCCUUGUUUAAUUAUGAAACUAUCAAGUACAUCACAAGUUGAAAACUCUACAAUCACAUUGAAUGUCGUUUGGACAAAUCCUGAUGAUAAAGUUGAGGAUAUAGGAGAAAUGACUAUAGAAGACAUCACAGUAACAUCAAUUAAUUUUUCCAAAUCUAAUUUAAAGCAUCCCUUAAUGAGCGGUAUUUGGACAGUCAAAAUUUUGCAGAAAAAGUCACUCAUUGGACUCACCAAAUUUCUCGUAAUUCCGAGUUUCAAUAACACAAUGACCAAAGAUUUAAAUUCAAGUCAUCACUUAGAUAAGUUGAUAGCAAAUUUUUAUUUGAUAAAAGACACGUGCAUAUCGUACAAUCAGAAAAAUAUUAGGGAUAUAAUAGGAACAUAUUUGGGUAAUUUUGGCCCAAGUUAUCUAACAUCAAAGAAUAUUGUUAAAUUUAAUGAAUGCAAAAAAUCACUUUGGAGUUCCAUGUCUCCUGACCCCAAAAGUGAAUUAUUAACAGAUUAUGGAAAUUUUGAUGGUUCGUCAUCAUAGCGAUAAAUACAAUUCAUGUUAAAUAUGAACAUGAAUUUAAUUCAAGUGUUACAAUAUUCAUAUCUACAUUUUUAACGCAUUACAAACAUUUAACAUCAAUUGAACAUCUUGUGAUAAAUACUUCCAGUUAAAUGGCAACUAUUUUUUUUCGGAGUUCAUUCAGCUAUUAUUGUUCUUUGAAAUUUUUUACUUUUAAAAUUCAGUAUGGUAAAAAAUCAGUAAAAGACUUUCAGACUGAAAUGCAUGUUCUGGAUUUAUAAAUUCUUUAGUAGUCCAACAUACUUAUUUCAUUUAUUUAUACUGUUUCUUUUUUUUCUGAACUGAAUAAAGCCUAUAAAAACGACUUUUAUUAAUAUUAUUGAUGACUCAAUGACAGAAAGUUUAAAAUUGUAAAUCAUUAUCUGGAUCGUCCUCUUCGUCAAAAUCAUCUGUACUGUCUGGUGUAUAAAUUAUUUUUCCCUCUGAUGUUU